ACCAGAACAGUCGUUUGCAACAAGUCUCCUGGAACGAGUAUGGUAUUCAAACGUUUGGAUUGGGUUAAAUGAUUUAAAUAUUAAAGGUGUAUAUGAGUGGUCAAAUAAUUCUUCUGUUUCGUGGAGCAACUGGUAUGUUGGACAGCCUGAUGAGAGACGAACAGAUAAAAGUUGUGUCUAUAUGAGUCUGAAGCGUGGUAAACGCGGUUGGAUGUACUGGAGUGAUCAGAAUUGCACGAGCAAAUAUGCCUUCAUGUGUAGUUAUGUCGUUG